AUGUCUGUUGAAGAACCAGUUAAAGAUGUCGAUGUCUCUAUGCAAGAUGAUGAAGAACAAGAAGAACAAUUAGAUACAGAAAAGAUCAAGAUACUGCCUGGUGCUACUGAAGAUGGUACUGCUGCUUCUUUUCAAAUCUUAGACGAAGAUCAUACUUUAGGUAACGCUCUUAGAUACAUAAUAAUGAAGAACCCAGAUGUUGAAUUUUGUGGUUAUUCUAUUCCUCAUCCUUCAGAAACUAAAUUAAACAUUAGAAUUCAAACUUAUGGUGAUAUGACUGCUGUUGAAGCUUUACAUAAAGGUUUAGAUGAUUUAAGUGAUAUGUGUACUCAUAUUGAAGAUAAAUUUGCUGAAAAAAUCAAUAAAGCUGAUUAUCCAAAAGAAGAACCAUAA